UUUUUUUACAAACAUGACGUGCAAUCACUUUUUUUGGUUUUAACCCCCGAGAUAACGGGUGGGAAAUGUGUCGACUCUGUGUCAUAUUUAAGGCGAAAACACAAAUCUUGCAUAUUUCUGGUUUGUUUUUAAGAACUUGACAUUGUCGUCCUAAACUGACGCGCCCGGCUGCCACAUCGUCCAGCAGAUCGCUGCUCGGGUUUCUUGUCAGGGAGCGUGAUUGUGAUGCCUCCGUGUCACUGUUAAAGUUAAUUAUUUAAAUGUCUUAAGCCUCUGGUUUCUCUAAAGCUCUCCUCGUGCUGUUUACUGCUGUCCUCUGGGUGACAAAGAGCACUUGACAGAAAAUCAGUGGUGUGAAAUCUUUUAUUAAAAGAUGUAGUUUAUCGUCUGUAUCUGGGGAAUACUUCCUAAAAAUUGAAGGUAGGCUCGUGGAUUGAUGGUAGUUUGUCCUCUGAUGAUUAAAAGUAGAUCUGUAAGUUAUAAUUUUAACUACUGAUCAAUCAGAUUUGUCUGUGAAAUGGUGGAAAAAUAUCCUGAAGUCAAGAUGUCGAGUUUUGUCUGACGAUCAGAACUUAAACCUCAAAAUUUUGAGUUCAUAGAGCGCAAAACAAAUGAAAAUAUUCACAUAUGAGACGCUUCUGAUGCUCAGAAAGGGUUUAAUCGAAUGUUAAAUAUCAAAGCAGUGAAUAUUUCUGCCAAAUAACAGAGCAAAAGAUACUCUGAAUUAAUUUCUAGAUCAUUUUCUUUAUACUGGGACAGAAAAAGUCUCAUAAUUAACUCAAGGAUUUACUUAUUUAAAAAAUCCAUGUGUGUGUAAAGUGAUGCAGAAACACUUAAAAAUAACUCAGCAGAUGUAAAUCCUUAUUUCAGGAAAGUGUCCAAACAGACUGAGGUUUGUUCCCCUGAUGUGGCGACGAUCUGUUUAAGCCCUUAAUCUCUAAUUUAAUCAGGAAUAUUCAAUGUAAGCUCUCAGGGAAUUUAAUGAAAUGACAUCAGUAUCAUUGGAGCAAGAAACAUUGCAGGACAGGAUGGGAGUGAUGAGUCUGCUCUGAAUAAAACACGAUGUUCUGCCUGAUGCUGAUGCUGCCGUUUCUCCUGAGCACGGUGCCGAGCUUCAAGCUGUGUCCCAGCCACUGUCUCUGCUACGAAUCCUCCGACCUGGUGGACUGCCGUUCUCGAGGUCUCGUCUGGGUCCCCACGAGUGUCCCACACAGCACCUGGCUGCUGGACUUGAGCGGGAACAAGCUGACGGAGGUCCACAGCAGAUCCUUCAUGGGGCUGUGGUCACUGAAGAUCCUGCUGAUGUCCAACAACAGCAUCCAAACUCUGCAGCCACAGUCUCUGUCCUCGCUUCAGUUUCUGGAGAGGCUGGACUUGAGUUUUAACCGUCUGCGUGGCCUCCCUCAGGACUUCUCUCAGAGUCUGUCCUCCCUUCAGGAGCUCCGGCUGGACCACAACCUUCUGCAGCACCUGGACCCAACUUCAUUGAGUGAUUUCGAGAACCUGAAGAAACUGGACCUCAGCUACAACCGCAUCCGGACGAUGGAUGUCAGAGGUUUCAGCGGCCUGUCUCGACUGAGCCACCUCAACCUGGAGGGAAACAGGUUGAACGUGCUCAAAGACGGCCUGCUGGUCCGGCAGCAACGCCUGGAGGUGCUGCUGCUCAGCCACAACAACAUCUCGGCGAUCGAGGCGGGAGCUCUGGCUCCACUGUGGAGUCUGACUCUGCUGGAUCUUCAGGGAAACCAGCUGCAGAACAUCAGGUUCAAGACCUUCCUGAAGCUGCAGACCACCGCCACCACCAGCACCACCCAUCUUCACCUGUCCUCCAACCCUUGGACCUGCGACUGUGAGCUGCAGCGCGUCUUCGCCAAGAUCCAGCGUGUUCGACAUCUGCAUGUGUACGACUACAAGGACAUCAUCUGCCGGGCUCCUGCCCAGCACGCCGGGAGCUCUUUGGCGUCGCUGGACAGUCGGUUGUGCAUCACCGAGACAGCAUCAGUGCUCGUCAUCACCAUCACCGUGAUGCUCGCUGUGAUUGGCGCCCUGGUCAAAGCAGAGCACAACCGUAAGAACAAACAAAGUGCGAGUGACUCGGAGUCAGACAGACAAGAAAAAUGAUGUGUUUUACUCAUGACCAGGAGCUCCGGGACUAUUGGACGUUGUUGCAUAAUAGAUUGUCGCUAACCACAAAAUAUCGUGUUUCAUCCAGGCCUCAGACCACACGGUCUAUGGAUCUCCUUAUUGUCCAACAACGUCCAAAGAAAAUUGACCUUUAAACCCUGAGAGAUACAUGAUUUAAUUUACUGAU